GACUGGAUGGACUGGUGCUACAACCUGUGUAUCAGGAUCCUACUGCCAAUACAGUAACGAAUGGUACUCACAGUUCGGCGUCCACCUCCGUCCGAACCAGCACGCCCUCUGGAUGUCUCACUGUCCGCGGUAGUGGAACCAAGUCUGGCGAAUAUAGCACCGUCGCUGCCGCUCUGACCGCUCUCGGCUCGGGAACCACUGCUCAAUGCAUCUUCAUCUACAGCGGUACAUACACUGAGCAGUUGACCAUUAACUACAAGGGUGCACUCACCAUCUACGGUUACACGACAAACACCGGCUCCUACGGCAGUAAUACUGUGACUAUCACCUACGGCCAGACAUCCAGUGCAGCUGGAAGUCUCGACAAGUCCUCGACGGUCAAUAUUACUUCUGCCAACUUCAAGGCCUACAAUAUCAACUUUGUCAACUCGUAUGGUGCUGGCACGCAAGCCGUCGCAGUCACUGCUAAUGGCGACAAGCAAGGUUACUACGCUUGUUCCUUCAAGGGGUAUCAAGACACCUUAUACGCCAAGUCCGGUAAACAAUACUACAGCAACUGCUACAUCGAGGGUGCAGUCGACUACAUCUUUGGUGACGCCACAGCUUGGUUUGGCGAAUGCAGAAUCGCUUCAAAUGGCGCUGGCUACAUUACUGCCAUGUCUCGUGAGACCUCUAGUGAUGGGAGCUGCGUGGCGGGUAAGGUUUACCUCGGCCGGCCAUGGCGUGUCCUCGCUCGUGUCAUCUACCAAUACUGCGAAUUGACCAAUGUCGUAAAUGCCGCUGGAUGGACCACUAUGGCAGAGGGUGCUACUCCUCUCUAUUAUGAGUAUCAGAAUACUGGUGCCGGUGCAAGCACGUCUAGCCGCAAGUACUUGACUGCUACCAAUGUUGUA